UGUGACGCAGAAGCGCACGCGCGACCGCACACACUACCAGUACGAGCGCAAGCAGGUGCAGGACGAUCUGGCCGAUAUCAUCAACGAGGGCCUGCAGCACUACGAGCGCGAUCCUGCGGAUCAAGCAGUCGCAGGACCGGCACAGCAACGUCAAGGUCAGCACAGUGAGCAGGGAUGAGUUCUCGAAGCUGAACAGCGAGCGCGGGCAGUCGAGCGGGACGCGCCCCGAGUCGCUUGGCGCAGCCGGGUCGUUCUCGACGCUGGAUGUGGCAGAACAGAUCCAGCGCGAGGUGGCCGAGGCGGAGAACGCGCGGGCGAUCCCGGUCGACGAGCAGGCGGGCGGCAAGGGCGGGCGUCGCGGGCGCAAGGGCAGCAAGCGGCUGGCAGCGCGGUUCCUGCCGGUGCACGGCGAAGGACGGCCAGCAGGCGCAGCAGGUGCCGGUGGGCAGCGCCGGGUCGUAUGGCAAGUCGCCGAUGUUUGGCCCGGGCAACGGCCCGCGGUUCCCGCGCAAGUACCGCGACACACGCAAGUACCAGGCGCAGGCCCCGGUUGGGUGGCUCGUGGGCACGCAGCCGUACACGGCGGCCGAGGCGGAGCUGUCCAAGUCGCUUGACCGCACAGGCACCAGCUUCACGGGCAGCGCGUCGACGGGCAGCUACCUGGAACAGCACAUGGCGGGCAGCCAUGGGGCGCACCACGAGCACCCAUCGCACGAGCUGACUGCGCGAGAACGGAUUUGUGCAGCACAAGUACUACCGGUACCACGCCAAGGCGCUGAAGGAGCGCAAGCGGCUGGGAGUGGGGCAGUCGCAGGAGAUGAACACGCUGUUCCGGUUCUGGUCGCACUUUAUGCGCGACUCGUUCAACAAGAAGAUGUACUCGGAGUUCAAGCGGCUUUGCGCUGGAGGAUGCCAAGAGCAACUACCGGUAUGGGCUGGAGUGCUUGUUCCGGUUCUACUCGUAUGGGCUGGAGAAGAAGUUCCGCAAGGAGAUCUUUGAGGACUUCCAGGAGAUGACCAAGUGGGAUGUGGAGCAGGGCGAGCUGUACGGGCUGGAGAAGUUCUGGGCGUACCUGUACUACCGCAAGGACAAGAGCACGCGCGAGCUCAAGGUCGACGAGGGCUUGUCCAAGCGCCUCGAGGUGUUCAAGUCGGUCGACGACUUCAAGCGCGCCAACCGCGAGCGGCGGGACUCGAUUGCGCACCAGACGCAGGAGGCGACGAACCAGAAGGCGCUGGCAGCGGCCGAGCAGGUUGUGCCGUCGGUAUGAUGAAGCUCGAUAGCUGGCGUGGAUAGGAAUCCGUUCUUUCUUUUACAUCAUUUCUUUUUCUCUAUCGGUCCGAUUUCUUUUAACUAAAAAAAUUCAUUCCUUUUU